AUGGCACCCAGCUUUCCCCUUGAUGUAAGAGACUUUAAAGGAGACAAAUGGAUCCGAGACAAGGAUCUGGAGCAGAGGGCCAUGGCGCCUGCUGUUGCACGUACAUUCAAGCUUGCCGCGGGCCUCUACGGGAUUUUCUCACUGCUGUCUCCGGCUGUCGUCUCGUGGGCGGAAUCUGCCGGCCAUGCGAGCCUGCUGGGCAAAAGCAUGGGCGAUAGCGUGCGAACCUGGUACCGGACAGAGCUGUUGGAUCUUAUCCGGAAAAGCUGGCCCAAAGCCGCGAACCCCGUCUGCUUCACGUGGCCGCUCGCUGUCGUUGAAGUCACUGUGGCCGACACGGACCAGCCGCAGGACCGGGAAUUUUGUCGAGCAGGGCUUGUUUGA